GGCUGUUAAUUACUGUUAUCUCCCCUCUCUUCAUUCAAUUGAAUUAGCAUUGCAUCUCAUCAGCUUCGUAUCUCAUUAGUAUACCAUCUUUCUCGAUCUGUCCGUGUCCAUUCGGAGAAUACCAGUGAUAGCAAGUGAGCGAAAAUGGCGAUCACGACUCGAAUCACCGACUCAGAAGAACAUGUCCACUCCACUUUUGGCUCCAGAUACGUGCGCGAUCCUCUUCCCAGGUUUAAGAUGCCGGAGAAGUCGAUCCCUAAGGAUGCGGCAUACCAGAUAAUAAACGACGAGCUGAUGCUGGACGGGAACCCGAGGCUAAACCUGGCAUCAUUCGUGACCACCUGGAUGGAGCCCGAGUGCGAGAAGCUCAUCAUGGCUUCCAUCAACAAGAACUAUGUCGACAUGGAUGAGUACCCCGUUACCACCGAGCUCCAGAACCGAUGUGUUAACAUGAUCGCGCACCUCUUCAACGCUCCCGUGGGAGAGAACGAAAGCGCAGUUGGUGUCGGAACUGUGGGCUCAUCGGAGGCGAUAAUGCUCGCAGGCCUAGCCUUUAAGAGAAAAUGGCAGCAGAGAAGAAGAGCAGAGGGCAAGCCCUGCGAUAAGCCCAACAUUGUUACCGGGGCCAACGUCCAGGUAUGUUGGGAGAAGUUUGCUCGGUACUUCGAAGUCGAGCUCAAGGAAGUAAAACUGCAAGAGGGGUACUACGUGAUGGACCCGAGGAAGGCUGUUGAGAUGGUCGAUGAGAACACGAUCUGCGUCGCAGCCAUCCUGGGGUCGACAUUGACGGGGGAGUUUGAGGACGUGAAGCUCCUGAAUGAGCUCCUCAUGCAGAAGAACGCGCAGACAGGGUGGGACACCCCGAUCCAUGUGGACGCGGCGAGUGGAGGGUUCAUUGCCCCGUUUCUCACCCCUGAGCUUGAGUGGGAUUUCCGGCUUCCGCUUGUUAAGAGCAUCAAUGUUAGCGGGCACAAGUACGGGCUUGUGUAUGCAGGAGUCGGGUGGGUGAUCUGGAGAACCAAGGACGACCUGCCCGAUGAUCUCGUCUUCCACAUCAACUAUCUCGGGGCUGAUCAGCCAACCUUCACACUUAACUUCUCCAAAGGUUCGAGUCAAAUAAUAGCGCAGUACUAUCAGUUUAUCCGGCUGGGAUUUGAGGGAUACAAGGGCAUCAUGGAGAACUGCAUGGAGAACGCGCGGGUCCUGAAAGAAGGGAUCGAGCAGACGGGAAAGUUUGAGGUCCUGUCAAAGGACGUAGGCGUGCCGCUUGUCGCAUUCAUGCUUAAGGACUCGAGCAAGCACACCGUGUUUGACAUAGCAGAGAGCCUGAGGAGGUUCGGUUGGAUUGUGCCAGCAUACACGAUGCCGGCAGAUGCCCAGCACAUCGCGGUCCUCCGGGUCGUGGUCAGGGAGGACUUCAACCGGAGCCUGGCGAUGAGGCUCGUGAGCAACAUUGAGAAGGUCCUCGGGGAGCUGGAAGCCAGGGCCAGUCGCAUCUCCGUGAUCGCCGCCACUGUCACCAAAGUCGCCGGAGAGGAAAAGCAAGUGGUGAAGAAGACGGUGGAGCAAAUCCAGGAGGAGGUAACCCGGCACUGGAAGAAGUUUGUCAAAGGCAAGAACACAGGAGUCUGCUAGCUUAGUCCGUUCGACCUGACCUAUCGAUCGAGAGACAUCAUUGUAUGGUUCGUGAUGAUAUAACAGGCCCACCUCGAUUGCACCGGUGGGACAUGCCAUGUCCCUGGAGGAGUAAGAAGUAAUCUCCGGACGGUAAAGUCUACGCGAGUUUUUCCUUUCCGAUAGGUGCAGGCCUCGCUUUUCUUCUGAAGCUAGGACGCCGGCCGGGCUGGUGGACUGAAUAAAUCUUUAGCCUUGGUUGGAAACUAUAAGGCUGUUCUUGCAUCUUUGUUUCGAUAAAUCUAGUUAUCCUCCAAUAAUGACCGUGCGGAAUGUUGUUCGAUCAGAUGGUAUUUUCAUCUUUAAGCAUAAAUCAUUUAUCUCGAAA